AUGGAUCUGUCAAAGUACUCAAUUUCCAACAAUACGGUUAAACGGAUUUACUCCCUCUUAAAUUUGAAGCAAGAAAAAUCUGAUCGUCCCUCCGCCAAAUAUUACACGCCUUACGAAGCUGUAUUGCCAAACACUAUUUGGCAUGUUGAUAUCCAUUUUUUAUAUGGAGCUCAGCAUCUUCCAGUUUACGGAAUAAUCGACGAUAAAAGUCGAUUUUUAAUUGCUCUCAAAUUAUUACCGUCCAAAAGUUCCAAAGAAACAGUUAAGGUUGCUCAAGAAGCAAUAAGCCAACACGGAAAACCGUUUUGUUUUUGGUCGGACAAUGGCGGAGAAAAUAACGGAUUAUUUACAUUGUGGCUCUCAAGAAAUUACAUCGAAAUUCGCCACACAUUACCACACAUGCCACGCCAGAAUGGCAAAAUUGAACGUUUGUGGCCAACCCUCGAGAGAAAUAUUCCACAUUCAGAUAACCACCAAAACAUUCAAAAGUUAUUGGAUGAAUUCAAAAAUUUAUACAAUUCAAUUCCUCACAAAACUCUGCCAUCAAAUGGUUUUCGCCCAAUGACACCACAAGAAGUUUACACAAGUAUACCCAAAUGGAACAGAACAAAGAAGGCCGAAUGGUUGGUGACAAGAAACGGUCAUCAAACUAAACAAGAAAUUCCAUCCCAUUAA